UCCCGACAGAACCUACCAAACCUUCGCGAUCUCAGCACCAAAGUGUGAUCAUUAGUGCUUACAUAGUAUACUUAUUCGUACAACCGAACCUAACGUGAAACAGAAUUUUCCUCUCGCAGACGAAAACCCCCACCGGCGCUUGUAUCCUUAUCUAUUUUGGUCCGGAGAGAACAAUAUUCAUCGCAUUUUGCACCGCGGUAAGCCCAAUCCAAGCAGGCGACCGGUAUUCCAACGCACGCUACACGCCUAGGCAGUUAGCUCCGAGCAGUGAAAGUGAACAGUUCAACCGUCGUCGUUGGCAGCCAGAAGGGACCAAAGGAGUCGUACUAGACAAGAGAUUUUUGUGACAUCUCACUAAUCCCACCAAGAAGCGACGCAGAAAUGGCCCUCGCCGAAAGCACCACCAAGACUGAAAUGACCAUCACCGAGUCGUCGACUCCGGUCAUCUCGAAGGAAGUCGUCGUCGAACGGUCCUCGGCCGGAAUGUCCGAGAAGAGCGUGACCCAAUCCAAGAGCUAUGGUGCCAGCAGCGAAAAGGAAAUCGUCGAAGAAGGUGCUAACUCUCUGUCCAAGACUGUCGAAAAGGCUGAAUCGGCCUUCGCCUCGGAACGCAGCGUAUCGGAAAAAGUGACCGACACUGGUUCACUUAUGUCGUCUUCGUCCGUGAAGUCUUCCUCCUCGGUAGUCAGCAGCAAGGUGGUUUCCUCAUCGUUUAGCUCAUCUACAUCUUCCAGUAUGUCCAGCAUCAAAUCAUCCUCGUUCGAUUCCAGCAGUGCCAUCGAUGAUUUCUUCAAGAACUAAUGAACCACAUCUAGUUUAGAAAAUUUGAUUCGAAAAGUGUGAUUGCUUGAUAUAAAUUUAAAAAGAAGAAAGAAAAUUUUCCUGGUCGAAUUUUUCUCCUAUGAGGAAUUUUUAUUUUUAAUGCAUUAUGUGUAUUCAAUAAGAUAGUCCAAUAAAAAUCGUUUAAAACAA